AUGAGAGAUGAACCAAGUAAUAACAUGAGAGAUGAACCAAGUAAUAACAUGAGAGAUGAACCAAGUAAUAACAUGAAAGAUGAACCAAGUAAUAACAUGAAAGAUGAACCAAGUAAUAACAUGAGAGAUGAACCAAGUAAUAACAUGAGAGAUGAACCAAGUAAUAACAUGAGAGAUGAACCAAGUAAUAACAUGAGAGAUGAACCAAGUAAUAACAUGAGAGAUGAACCAAGUAAUAACAUGAAAGAUGAACCAAGUAAUAACAUGAAAGAUGAACCAAGUAAUAACAUGAAAGAUGAACCAAGUAAUAACAUGAGAGAUGAACCAAGUAAUAACGUGAGAGAUGAACCAAGUAAUAACAUGAAAGAUGAACCAAGUAAUAACAUGAAAGAUGAACCAAGUAAUAACAUGAAAGAUGAACCAAGUAAUAACAUGAGAGAUGAACCAAGUAAUAACAUGAAAGAUGAACCAAGUAAUAACAUGAGAGAUGAACCAAGUAAUAACAUGAGAGAUGAACUAAGUAAUAACAUGAGAGAUGAACCAAGUAAUAACAUGAGAGAUGAACCAAGUAAUAACAUGAAAGAUGAACCAAGUAAUAACAUGAAAGAUGAACUAAGUAAUAACAUGAGAGAUGAACCAAGUAAUAACAUGAGAGAUAAGGUGAAGACGGGCAUGAUUAUAGUUUGUGGGGGUGUUGUGAGGUGUGUACCAGCAGCACAGGUGUGGACAUUACACACCUUCACAUGA